UUCUCGCUAAUAACGGAACCCAGACGGUGAAUGAUGACAGGUUACCUGCUCGUGAUGUGAACACGGAUUAUUGGAUUAAAAUCCGCCGUUUGAACGUUAAAGUGUGGAUUAACGGUCAGAACCGAGCAGUCUAAAGAACGCUACGGAACAAUGGCGGCUGGGGCGACGGUUAAUGAGGAACUAGCUUCAUGUUAAAGAUGCUAAUUUUCAACAAUAAGGCGAUGAAGGAAAAUAAAGAUCCGCAGAGUUUCUCCGGGAUCUGGACCUUUAACGGCUUAUCCUCGUCUCUCAGUCGGACCGGAGUCUGGAUGUAAAACAUUUGGACUCUUUGUUCGGUUUGAGGUCCAGUUUCAGGUGGGACAGAGGACCUGAGGAUGGACUGACUGUUCUGGAUGUGUAGCUCCUUGGUUUCUGCUAACGGAGUCACGAUGGCUCUGAGGUCCAGGCGGUCGUGGACGACUGUUAUCUUUGGCGUGUUUCUGGGAUUCACGGCCUCCUCCUGGCUCAUCGUUCCUCAGGUCCUGGAGAAUAAACGGAAGAAGUCUCCAGAGUGUUUGUACUUCAGUGACUCCUCCGCAGGAAGGGUUGCUGCUCAGUCUCCCAAAGACCGUGACAGUCCGCAGGUCGGUCCCGAGGAGGGGAGAGGCUUCAGCCCAGGAGUGAACAGCACCGGUGACUUCGGGAGACCUGUGAACAGACCCAGCCGCUUCCUCUACGUGGGCGUGAUGACGGCGAAGAAGUACCUGCGGACCCGUGCUGUGGCUGCGUACAACACCUGGGCAAGCUCCAUACCUGGGAAGGUGGAGUUCUUCUCCAGCUCGGGAUCCAGCACGGCUCACACGCCCGGUCCCCUCCCCGUGGUUUCUCUGGCAGGUGUGGACGACUCGUACCCGCCACAGAAGAAGUCAUUCAUGAUGCUGAAGUACAUCCACGACCACUACCUGGAUAAAUACGAGUGGUUCAUGCGGGCGGACGACGAUGUUUACAUAAGAGGUGAGAAGCUGGAGCUGUUCCUGCGCUCUCUGAACAGCAGUAAGCCUCUGUACAUUGGGCAGACCGGGCUGGGGAUGGCGGAGGAGCUUGGCAGGCUGGCUCUAGAGCCCGGGGAGAACUUCUGCAUGGGCGGCCCGGGGAUGAUCUUCAGCAGGGAGGUGCUCCGCAGGAUGGUCCCUCACAUCAGCACCUGUCUGAGGGAGAUGUACACCACGCACGAGGACGUGGAGGUGGGCCGCUGCGUGAGACGCUUCGGGGGGACGCAGUGUGUCUGGUCCUACGAGAUGCAGCAGCUCUUCUACGAGAACUACGAGCGCAACAAGAAAGGCUUCAUCGAGGACCUCCACAGCAGCAAGAUCCACAACGCCAUCACGCUCCACCCCAACAAGAACCCAGCCUACCAGUACCGACUCCACAACUUCAUGCUGAGCCGAGACAUCUCCAGGCUCCGGUACCGCACCAUCCUGCUGCACCGCGAGGGCCUGGUCAUGAGUCACCUCAGUGACACUGAAGUCCUGUGGGAGGACCAGCAGCUGGGAUCCCCUCCGUCCUACAUGCUGUACCGACCCAACGAGAGAAACGACGUCAUCGAGUGGGACUUCCUGACUGGACGCCACAUUUACUCUGCUGAAGAGAACAAGAUGGCCCGGCACAAUCUGGGGAACGUCUUCCGGACCGGUCUAGAGGACAUAAUCCUGCAGGUCAUGGAGAUGAUUAAUGAGAACUCUAAAAUUCGAGGCCGUGUGAUCGACUUUAAGGAGAUCCAGUACGGGUACUACAGGGUGGAUCCGAUGCAUGGUGCAGAGUACAUCUUAGACUUACUGCUUCUGUACAAGAAACAUAAAGGACGUAAGAUCACCGUACCUGUGAGGAGGCACGCAUACCUGCAGCAGUCCUUCAGCAGACCCUUCUUCAGCGAGACCGAAGUGCUGGACGUGACCGAGCUUGUGGCCGCCAUCAACUCUGAAUCCCAGUCCCUGUCCUUCCUCUCCAACUCUCUGAAGUUCCUGUCCUCGUUCCAGGUCUACGAAUCCACCGUGGAGAUGGGCGAGCAGAGUCAGAGGAAGGUCCACAUCCUGGUCCCGCUGUCAGGUCGCUACGACACCUUUGUCCGCUUCAUGGAGAACUUUGAGAAAGUGUGUUUGAUCCCCAAACAGAAUGUGAAGCUGUCCGUUAUCCUGGUGGACAGUGAGAUCAACCAGAGCAGAGGACAACAUGUUCAGCUGAUCCAGGACUACAGCAGGAAGUACCCCAAAGCCGACAUGACCGUCAUCCCCAUGACCGGGAACUUCUCUCGUGGACUGGCUCUGGAGCUGGGCUCUGCACAGCUGGACAACAACACGCUCCUCUUCUUCUGUGACGUUGAUCUCAUUUUUAACGGAGACGCUCUGCAGCGCUGCAGAGACAACGCGGUUCAGGGCAGACAGGUCUACUUCCCCGUCGUCUUCAGUCAGUACAAUCCUAAAAUAGUGUAUCCAGAGAAAACGCCCCGAGAGAGCAAGUUCGUGCUCACCAAGAAGAGCGGCUUCUGGAGGGAUUACGGCUUUGGAAUCACCUGUGUGUUCAAAAGUGACUUACUGAAGGCUGGAGGCUUCGACACCUCCAUCCUGGGCUGGGGACUGGAGGACGUGGACCUGUUCACCAAAGUGAUUAACUCUGGUUUAAAGGUGUUACGCAGUCAGGAGCCGGGAGUCGUCCACGUUUAUCACCCCGUCCACUGCAACUCCAGCCUGGAGCAGAAGCAAUACAAGAUGUGCCUUGGGUCCAAAGCGAGUACGUUUGCAUCCACAAUGCAGUUAGCCGAGCUGUGGCUGGAGAAACACAUCGAGGUGGGGUACAACAGAACUUCCUCCUGACACCACACCAUGUCUGGACUCCUCAUGCAAGCUUACCUCACUUCUGCAGAUGUUUAAUGUCCCUGCAGCGUCGGACAGAGGUCUCAUAGGCUGGGGACACAAACAGGACCCAAGACGGAGUAAUGGAACCGAUAAAACCAAACCAACGAGAGCUGGACGAGUGAACCAGGAGCAGAGCUGAGGAAGGAUCAGCUGCUUUAAAUCAAACAACACGUUAACUACCUGAUUGAUCUCUAAACCAGCGGAGAACCACCAACCCUGUACAAGAGGUGGUUUAACUCAGUACUCUGAACACCGUACCGUUCUUUAAUACUUUAUUUUAUGUGCCAAUGACGCAGAGUUUAGAGCUCUGGGAUUGUUCUCUUUAGUUUAAGUAAACUUUAUUUUUACAACAGUGUUGUUUUUUUAAAUAUGCAAAUGAACAAGUCGUCGUUUGUUUGUCUAAAGCUUGACAUUUUAAAUGACCAGCUGUGUUAGGCUAACUGUCCGAUAAGUGAUUUCAAUCAGAUUAUAAUCACCUCAGAACGUGAAGCAAAAGAAUCAAACGCCUGGAGAUGAAUCAUGAAGCAGUAAAUCAAACUUCAGAGAAUCACAGCGCAGCUCAGUUAACUGAUGAGUCAGCAUCUAAACGUGGACAUCCUCUGCAGUACACAAUCUGUGUGUGUUUGUGUGCUGUGCUGUGUGUAUGUGUGUGAGUGUGAGUGUGUGUGCGUGCGUGCGUGCGUGCGUGCGUGCGUGCGUGCGCGCGUGCGUGCGCACGUGCGUGCGUGUGAUCUAACUACUUAACCUUGUUAAUCUGAGUCUUUAAAGUUCACUCCUGCCAACAUGAAGAAGAGGCUGAUCGGUUUAUCUCCCCACUAAGGUGACUCAGCUGUGCCGAGGAAAGGAUGAUGUAAAGUGAUCGGGUGUUAAUGCAAAUUAAAAUCCCAACAGGGUGAGCAGGACCCAAAUAAACCACCUGUUCACUUCCUGUUUAUCACCCAGCUACUAAAACAUAAACAAACCCUCUGAUCUACACUCUGUAACUCUCCCACAGCAUUUUGACCAAUCGGAAUCAAGUAUUUAACACAGUUGGGUAAUGAGCCGUAACAUGAUUCAAUCUGUUAGUCGGCUGCUUCUGUGGCGGCCAUCUUUUCUUCAUCUUAUUGCCAAACGAUAAGGAGUCAGCACUUUGUUAUGAUGCAGCGUUUCAUCCAUGAAUAAGAGGACAGCUGACUGAAUGUUUACAGUGUGCAUGAUCCGUAUCAUGAUUCUGGUUAUGUUUAUAUUCUAAAAGUUAAAGGUACUUUGUAGAGUUACUCCAGUGGCUGCAAUCUCCAAGUGUUGCUUGUGCAAGGAAUCGACCAAAACAGUGGUGUCACAUGCUCGAGACUGAGCAUGUGCACCAGAAACAUGUGAGUUGUAAACUUUUGCGUUGUUCGUUUAUUCACAGUUUAUUUGAGCUUAAAGCUCCUGUGAGGAAUUUUCUGUUUGUGUUGAUUUUGGCGCCCCCUGUGGACAAAGUGGUUUUCAUCACUUGGUCUGACAUCGACCCUCUCACAGCAGUUUCAGGCAUUAAAGAUUAGGACACAGGAAUGGUCGGUCUUCAUGCUGACGGUUUUGUUUGCUGUUGUAUAGCGAGAUACAAACUCCUAACUGGGGCUUUAAAUCCUUGCAUAUAUAUCGGUACACAUAAAUCGACAAAAUCUAACAUUUCCUUCAUAUUUACGAGCAAUAACGUUAGAGAGCGAGCUCGGGAUGGACAGUCAGCUGAAACUUAGUAAAGUACACACCUGGAUUUAAUCACAGGUGAAGGAAAGAGCGAGCAGAAUGCUUGUCAGUUCACUUACCAAACCACCUCAGGAAGGUAUUUUGCUGUGUAAUAUAUUCAUGUUGACAAUGUUUGCAAUUUAGCUAAAACAUAGUGCCAAAAUGUGACGCUGGGAUAAAUUUAAUUGAAUGUUGAUUGCAAAUCUUGGUGAAAUUAUCGCUUUUAAAGCACCUGAGAAAGGGUCAGGUGUUUUCUUAUUUCCUGUCUCUCUUCAGCUGUCCAAUCAAAAGGCAAGAGUGUCUGAAAAACAACCUAACAUAACAAUGUGUUCGAGUAUUGGCAGUCAAAGGUUCUAUGUAAAACAAGCUGAGUCCUUAAAAGGUCUAUUAGUGCUUUAAAUGUGUGAUUGUUGUUCUAGUGAGUUAAUAAAGACACACACUGUUGGACAAUCCCUCUAAAUGCUGAAGUUAGCAAACAGCAGGAUGUUAUGGGUUAAAUCAAACUUCACAAACACACGAGACAAUCUGCAGAAUAAAGACGCCUCACUUCAGAUCUUUGUUUCUUUUAAAUGUCACGAGGGAGCCGAACAAAGGAUGUUCCCAUUCCUGCAAAGCUUCAUCUUUGACUUUAAUAAAUUAUUAUUUUAAGAGC